ACCUGUUUUGAAUGGUUUUAGCAUAACACACAGUCAAAAAUAUAACGGUCAAGAGCCAACUAGAGCAAAGGUGCAUCUCUGUUUUGAAGAACAUCGAAUGUUAACACCGAGAAGAGAUGUCCUCCCAGGUCCGACUGCGGCUGCUGCCCAGAGCCAGAUGCAUGUUCGACGAGCCGGUCCAUGUGAAGGUGGCCGGGCUGAGGUCCAGACAGGUGGUCACCCUGAGAGCCAGAGCCACGGACGAGAAGGGAGUGAUGUUCAGCUCCAUGGCCACAUACAAGGCUGAUGGGAGCGGGGAGGUGGACCUGCAGAGAGACCCCUCCCUCAGCGGGACCUACACCGGGGUCCAGCCCAUGGGCCUGCUGUGGUCCAUGAGGCCAGACACCUUGCACAAAAGGUUCACAAAAACAUGUUCACUGAACCCCCAGGUGGUGAAGUUCUCAGUGCACGAGGAGGAGGAGGGCGGGAUGCUGGCGGAGGCGACCAAUGAGAGGCUUCUGGUUGGAGACGGGGUCAUCCGACACCCGGUGAAAGAUGGGAAUAUUCGUGGAGUCCUGUUUACUCCCCCAGGAGAGGGCCCGUUCCCUGCUGUGUUGGAUCUGUACACUUUUGGUGGAGGUUUGUCGGAGAAAAGGGCCUCUCUGCUGCAUCGAGUAUCAUAUCAGGUGACGCAGUUUGAAGGUGAAGUAAUGGACGAGGCUUCAGGCCUUCAGCAGUCCUCAGCUGACCUUUUCCAAAACGUGUCAGAGUGUCUGUCAACAAGAUCACUUCUUCAGAUCCAAACUGAGGAAUUCAGGGCCGUGAAGAGUGCAGAGGCCACGGAGAAAUUAGGUAAACUGUGUGAAGAGUCUUCAAGUCCCCACCGCUAA